GGGAAGGCGAGGCGAGUCUGGCGGAUUAACAGCUGGGGGAGGGCGGGAGGCGAGUGUGGGAGUCGCCGCCAAGCGAUUGCAGGAGACGGAGAGGGAGGUUUGGGCCCAGGCGCGGAGCGGAGCGGAGGAAUGUCUGGGGCGACCCAACGGAACCCGAGCCAGCGCGUCUGCGAAGGUCGGGCGAGAGAACGAAAAGAAAGGCGCGGGUGCACGGAGAAACUUCUAAUGAAGAUUUUUUUGACUAUCUAACCAACAAUAGCCGAGUUUUCUGAUAUUGAAGCUGUCUGGAUCCAACAUGUAGCAGAUAAAUACUAUGCUACUUCUAUACCACACUUUUGUCUUUUAAACCUCCUUGUAUAACAACCGUGAAUGAAUCAUCUUAAUUCCUUUUUUGGAUUUUGUUAACUAAAAUUCAAGUUGGAUUUCAAGUGGUAUUAAUUAAACUGAGGAACAAUGAGUAGUAGUCUUGGAAAAGAAAAAGAUUGUAAGGAGAAAGAUCCCAAAGUGUCUUCAGCAAAAGAAAGGGAGAAAGAGGCCAAGGCCUCUGGUGGAUUUGGGAAAGAAACUAAAGACAGAGAAUCUAAGACCAAAGGGAAGGAAGCCAAAGAUGGGAAGAAGGACUCUAGUAGUGCACAGCCAGGUGUGGCUUUUUCAGUAGACAACACAAUAAAAAGGCCCAACCCAGCUCCAGGUGCCCGUAAAAAAUCCAGUAAUGCUGAGGUGAUCAAAGAGCUAAACAAAUGUCGGGAAGAAAAUUCAGUACGUUUGGACUUGGCUAAGAGGUCUAUACAUCUGCUCCCAUCAUCUAUCAAAGAGUUAACCCAGUUGACAGAACUUUAUUUAUAUGGAAAUAAGUUACAGUCACUACCUGCUGAGGUAGGCUGUCUUGUGAAUCUGGAAACUUUGGCCUUAAGUGAGAACUCACUCACCAGCCUUCCAGACUCUCUUGGUAACUUGAAACAGCUUCGUAUGGUUGAUCUACGGCAUAACAAAUUGAGAGAGAUUCCUCCUGUGGUGUAUAGGCUAACUUCCCUCACUACACUUUAUCUGCGCUUUAAUCGUAUCACUUCAGUGGAAAAGGAUAUCAAGAACUUGUCCAAUCUCACCAUGCUAAGCAUACGGGAGAACAAAAUCAAACAACUCCCUGCAGAAAUUGGUGAGCUGUGUAACCUCAUAACGCUGGAUGUAGCCCACAAUCAGCUUGAACAUCUUCCAAAGGAGAUUGGCAAUUGCACACAGAUCACCAAACUUGAUCUACAGCACAAUGAACUUUUGGACCUUCCAGACACUAUAGGAAAUCUAUCUACUUUGAAAAGCCUUGGUCUGAGAUAUAACCGUCUCUCAGCAAUACCCAGGACUCUAGCACAGUGCAGUAAACUUGAUGAAUUAAAUUUGGAAAAUAACAUUAUUUCUACUUUGCCAGAGGGUCUCUUAUCCAGUCUUGUGAAUCUGACUAGUCUAACUCUGGCAAGGAACUGUUUUCAAUCUUACCCUGUGGGUGGCCCUUCACAGUUCUCUACUAUCUACGCUCUCAAUAUGGAACAUAACCGCAUUAACAAAAUUCCUUUUGGAAUUUUUUCUAGAGCAAAAGUAUUAAGUAAGCUGAACAUGAAGGACAAUCAGCUGACAUCACUUCCCCUGGAUUUUGGGACAUGGACCAGUAUGGUGGAACUCAAUUUAGCUACAAAUCAGCUCAACAAAAUUCCUGAGGAUGUAUCUGGACUUGUUUCUCUUGAGGUUCUUGUUUUGUCAAAUAAUCUUCUAAGAAACCUCCCACAUGGCAUUGGAAAUUUGAGGAAACUGAGAGAAUUGGAUCUAGAGGAAAAUAAGCUGGAAUUGUUGCCAAAUGAAAUAGCAUACCUUAGAGAUCUACAGAGGCUGAUCCUAACAAAUAAUCAAUUGAGCACUCUUCCUAGAGGAAUUGGUCACCUUAUCAAUCUGACACAUCUUGGGCUGGGAGAAAACUUUCUUACACAACUUCCUGAAGAAAUUGGUACACUGGAAAAUCUGGAAGAACUGUAUCUAAAUGAUAAUCCACAUCUAAACAGCCUUCCUUUUGAACUGGCUCUUUGCAGCAAAUUAUCUAUAAUGAGCAUUGAGAACUGUCCGCUCAGUACCCUUCCAGCUCAGAUUGUUGCAGGUGGACCUUCCUUUAUCAUCCAGUUUCUCAAAAUGCAAGGACCAUAUCGAGCCAUGGUCUGACUGAUAACUUCCCCGAUGAUGUACAAAAUAUAAAUGGCUUUUGUGGUGUCAUUAUGUAUAUAGUAUCUAGGCUACAUGGUGCCCAGUGUGGAUAAAAAAUUGAUUGUCCCAUACACUCUACUAAAUGCAAACUGCGCUGUUAGUAUUGUGUAUGUGUGUAUAUAUAAUAUAAUAUAUAGAUUGUAUAUUAUAUUAUAAAACAUAAAUAAUAUAAAACAGGCAAAUUUCAGACCAUACGUAUGUGUUCCUGCUCAUAGAGGAAACAUAGCCAUUUAGAUUUUUUUUCAUUAUAAAUGCUUGUUAAAGUUUUCUUUAGUGAAUUUGAUGGUUAUCUGGAUAAUUUGGGGUACCAGUUCACUGAAAAUAAUGUCAAUUAACUGCUGAUCAAUUUAAGGGAAAAUAUUUUUAAACCAAGCCUUUUCCUGUUGGAUAAAAAGCAACUUAGUCACACAAAUUAUUUUGUAAUUCCUUGUGGAUCACAUUUUGUGACAAAAAAAAUAUUGGAAUUAUUUGUAUUUUCCUUUAUUCUGGAAAGUCAUUUAACUUAUUUUAAGUUUUAAAACAAAUGGUCUUGUAUGUUUACAGUCAGGGUAUGUCACUGGAUUGGGGUGGGAUGGGAUUUACUCUGUUUUAUUGAAUCUACAAGUUGUAUUCUUCUGCUGAGGGCUUUUUAUUGACUGAUUCGUAUUAUUGCAAAAAUAUAAGCAAUUCGUGAAAAAAAAUAAGUCCAACAGAAGCUUGAGUUCCUUUGAAUUCAUCAGUUAUAAGCAUAUCAUACUGAAGAAGCAAUUAUUUUAUGGUUGUCUCAUUUAGCAUAAGCAACAUUUUUCACUUAAAGAAGUGACAAAUUUGUAAAAAAAAUAUCAUGUUCUGUUAAGAUUUAGUAUUGCGUCAAUGAUGGAUCUGAAAUGCAACAAAUAAUUGUAAGGGUUUUUCCUGGUCUUUGUGCAAUUAAUGAAUGUGUCUUUUUUUGAAACCCUGCAGUAUACGUAAAAUUUAUGGUCGGUUGACAAUGUUACUCUGGUUUUAUAUCUUGCCUUGCCUUGUACAUCCUCCCAUUAUUCUGGAGUGUCUGCAUCAAAGCACAAUAUCUUCAUGCUGUGCUGUUUUGCUGCUGAACUAAAUGCACUUUUCCCUGUAAAGAUGGGACACUUGCUUCAAAAUAAUCAGUUCAGUACCAUGAUUUAUUCUUUUAACCUCAUCCUAUCAAUCUCAGUAUUAAAGACUGGUGUUUGGAAAAAAAGGACACUUUUUUCAUUUGUAUUUAGAAUGUGAUUGCUCAGUAGAAAACCAUUAAGUGAUUGAAUAGAAAACAUGCGGUUUAUUUCAGGGCUGUACAAAGGGCUAAUGAUGUUGCAGUGAUUUUUGCUCCUGCACUUGAUUGCUACUGCCAUUUCGAAUUGGAUGCUCACAUAGCAAUUACAUUUGAGAUAAAUUUAUUUUCAUUGUCAAUUGAUUAUGAUGGGUUUGCUUAAGGGAUACUAGAAUUAAAAAGGGGAUGUUCUUUAAAUUAUACAUCAUAGAUGUCAGAGAAUUUUUUCAUCUAUGGAAAAAGGUUUUGUAUUUUUUAUUUUGCUAUUAAUGUCUAUUUGAUAGGCACAAUCCAGAGAUCAUUAGAUAUACUUACUUAUCCUUUUGAAAUCAACACAAUUCACUGAAGGUUUCACUCAUAAACACCUAUACGCUUUGAGUAAAUAUUUCUCAAGAUUGUUUUGUAAGAGCCAUUGAUUUUAAUGGUUGUGGAUGUUUCUUUAGAUUGAGUAGGCAUAACUUAUACCUUCAUCUGUAACAUUAAUUUUAGCAUUCAUUAAUUUGAUCUAUGGCAAGUAAGAACUCUCCAAGAAAGGCAGGUACAGAUAUAAAACCUUAAGGGCUAUUUUAGAUGUCAGUGGAUUUGCAAAAUAUUGGGUUGGAUCCAGACUAAACACAUAUCUAGUUGGGCUGAUAGAAGCAGGCUUAAAAGGUUCUCAUCAAGGGAAUUGCUGAAUUUGACAAGUCUUUGGGAUCGUUUGCUAAAAAAGAAGAUAAUUGAUAACAGUGUCUUUCAUAAGAGUGUCCUCCUUUGUCUCUCAGAUAUUGGGAAACUCCAUGGAGAAACUCAGACCAGAGGUCAACAGGAAACUAAUGUGGAAAAAGGAAUCCAAUCUUAUCAGUUCUAUUAAACAAUAUAGCUGAAUUCAUACCAUUGAUUUUCCACCACUUAUUUUAAAGUAAAUAUAUGAAUAUAUAAUUAACCUAGAUACUUGUUGAUAAUGAUGUAUAGUUGCAGAUAACUAUAAGUAAUCUGUCUGAAUACUGAAGUGUUAAAAUACAAAGAUGCUUAUAGUGGUGGUUAAAAGAUUAAAAUCUACUUUUUGCUGAAGCUGUAAACUUGUUCCAUUUUAUUUAGUAUGUGUAUAUUUAAUAUGUUGCCCACAUGCACUUUUAUUUUAGGUGGAAAUAAUCAUCUUCCAAUGAAUUGCUUUUAUUACUUUUUAAAAUCAGAGUUUAGCCAUGUGUUAAAAUAUUGUUCUAGGAAAGAUUGAAGAUAUUUCAGUAAAUUUUUACAGAGUUAAAGUAGGAUAGUACACUCAUAGUAGGCAGGAUUCACCUACCACUUAGUGGAAUUGUGGCAGAUUAAAUGUAUAAUUUAAUCUGUAAAUAUAUUGAUGUAAUUGUUCAUGUUGAAAGGCUUACUUGACUAUUUUUCUUUAAAAAAUCACUUGCAUGUUAGAAAUUAUUUUUACUUGUUCACUGAUUUUUUUUAUAAAAAAGAUUGAAAUCAGCUUUAAAAAACCAGUGAAACUGAAAAACCUGUUUCAGUAUAGUAUAAUUGAUUAAUAUCACUCAUAUGUUAGAAUAUAUUGUGAAAUAUAUUCUGAUAGUUGGAACAGAAAUCAUAAUACUCCCAAUUCUGGCUUAGAUUUAGUUUUUGUUAAAUGAGAAUAAAUUUACAAGAAAAUAUAAUUAUUGGCUAAAUAGCAUUAUAUAUAGCAAAAAAAUUAAUUUUUACUUUACAAAUUGAAUUUAUGAUUCCUGAAAAGUAUGGUGCCAUCGGAUUUGAGAGGAAAUUCUAUGAUUAUUUGAUUUUUACUGAAACAUUUAAGGCUAUAUCUGUAGAGAAUUUUAUUUUCCCUUGUUUACUAUACAGGUAGUCCUCAAUUUACAACCACAAUAGGGAAUUUGAAAAUAUGCUGUUAAGCCGUGCAGUUGUUAAGUGAAGCAUCACACGACUGCAACCAAUUUCUGAUCUUUUUGCUGCAGUUGUUAAGCAAAUUACUUGUAUUCAUUAAGCAAGAAAUCAUAUGACCAUAACUUACAACCUCCAUCCAGCUAUACCAUUGAUUUUGGUUGUCAUAGACCAGAUAGGAAGCUCACAAAUGGUGAUCACAUGAUUGCAAGAUGCUGAGACUAUGGUAAAUGUGUGACUGUUGCUAAGCACCUGAAUAUUGAUCAUGUAACAGAGAGAUUCUGCAAUGGUCAUAAGUGUGACAACUAAUCAUCUCUUUUUCCCUUGUAACUUUGAACAGUCAUUAAAUGAAUGGUUGUAAAGCAGGGACUACCUGUAGAUUUUAUAAUAAUACUCAUCCACCUUUU